CUUCCGGUCUGGUGGCUGGAGCAGGCAACAAAAGAGCACGAAGGACGCAUGCGUUCAGUGGAUCCCGGAUUCUGGUGGGUUCUUCCGCUCCGGCCAGGUGAAGCGCUUCCGGGUCGCCGCCGGCUGCCGCCUCCCGGCGCGUCUAGGAGCCAUGUCCACCUUGUUCCCGUCACUCUUCCCCCGUGUGACUGAGACACUGUGGUUUAAUCUGGAUCGGCCCUGUGUGGAGGAGACAGAGCUGCAGCAGCAGGAACAGCAACAUCAGGCUUGGCUCCAAAGCAUCGCAGAGAAAGACAACAACCUGGUACCCAUUGGCAAGCCAGCCUCAGAGCACUAUGACGACGAGGAAGAGGAGGAUGAUGAAGACGAUGAAGACAGUGAAGAGGAUUCAGAGGAUGAUGAGGACAUGCAGGAUAUGGACGAGAUGAAUGACUAUAAUGAGUCAGCCGAUGAUGGAGAGGUCAACGAGGUGGACAUGGAAGGCAACGAACAGGAUCAGGACCAGUGGAUGAUCUAGGUAGACAAGGCAAGAUGGCCACAGGUUGAUUCCAGGCCAAUCUUAACCUACCCUGACUCCACAGCCUCAACCCUCAGCCAGCAGAAGCAGCUGGUGGCUGAAGUGCCUAAAGCUUUUUGGGCACUUCCUCAGCUACUGCCAGGACACGGUCUCCUUGGCCCCUCCUAGGCCACCAGUCUGCCCUUGAGCCUAAGCCCACCGCACUUUCCUGGCCAGUACCUCAGUCUUUGGUUGUCAGGUCUGCUACCUUUCUAACCCUCUUUAAUAAAGACACAGGACUGAUUCUUUCCCUCCAA